AUGGGUUCAUUCCAAUGUUCUUCUCCAUCAAAGCUUCAGUUUGCAGCCCUUUACAUAGCUUUAGUACUAGGCUCUCUUGGCAUUGGGGGCACAAGGUUUACAAUUGCAACUAUGGGAGCUGAUCAAUUUGACAAACCCAAAGAUCAAGGGAUAUUUUUCACUUGGUAUGUUUUGGCCUUAUAUGUCGCCAAUUCUAUUAGCUUAACAGCUAUCGUCUACAUUCAAGACAAUGUGAGUUGGGGUCUAGCAUUCGGUAUUUGUGUCGUCGCGAAUGCUAUUGCUUUGAUACUAUUUUUGUCGGGGAAACGCUUUUACCGAUGUAUGAAACCUAACGGAAGCCCAUUCAUUAGCAUUUUGCGUAUAGCAUUUGCGGCGGUUCGAAAGAGAAAUGUAUCAGGCACUUAUGGAAAUCAAGACUAUUACUAUGGAAGUGUUGAGACGACAAAUAUCUUGAAAAAUGGUCCCAGUAAAAGUUUCAGAUUCUUGAACCGUGCAGCGCUAAAAAUUGAAGGUGAUGACAAUCAAUCGAGUUGUUCCGGUGCAAGAUCAUGGAAGCUAUGCACGGUGCAAGAAGUAGAAGACCUCAAAACACUACUCAAGAUCAUGCCACUAUGGUCAAGUAGCAUUCUCUUGAGUACCACUAUAGGUAUGCUUUACAGCCUGGUGAUCCUGCAAGUUCUAACCAUGGAUCGACACCUGGGAUCACACUUCAAAAUCCCAGCCGGUUCUUUCCAACUUUUUAACCUACUAGCCACGGCUCUAUCAAUUUUCAUCAUCGAUCGCUUCCUCCAUCCAACAUGGCAAAAAUUCAUCCCUCAUUGGACUUUGACACCACUUCGACGAAUUGGGAUCGGCCAUGUCAUCAAUAUCCUUGCCAUGGUUGUGUCUGCCCUAAUUGAAAAGAUACGUCUCCACGUGGUCCGGAUCCAUCAGCUCUCCAAGCAACCUGGCUCAGUGGUACCCAUGUCCGGCCUAUGGCUUGUGGUGCCACUCACAGUUUUAGGUAUUGGUGAGGCACUUCACUUCCCUGGACAGAUUGCAUUGUAUUACCAAGAAUUUCCAAAGUCACUAAAAAGUACUUCCACAGCAAUGACUUCGUUGCCAAUUGCAAUUGCGUUUUACCUAAGUACGGCGCUCACAGAUUUGGUUCGAAGAACAACAGGGUGGUUGCCGGACAAUAUUAAUGAAGGGAGAUUGGAUAAUGUGUUUUGGAUGUCGGCAGUGAUUGGUGGGGUGAAUUUGGGAUAUUAUUUGGUUUGUGCAAAGUUGUUCAAGUACCAAAAUCUAGAGAAGCCUAACGAUACUGCUGGCGAUCAUCUUCCUCAUUAG